UUGAUUCAUCGCCACAUUCCAUCGUCAUCUUUAUUUUUUCAAAAAAUGGCUUUAACUCUUAGAUCUUCUUCUACUUGUUUUUUAAAUCUAAAAGACAUCAUCAAGAGUAGUACUCCUCCUCCUGCUGCUGCUGCUCUUAAAACAACAACUCUUCAUGAUGAUUUCACAGCCACCGCCGUUAUUAAUAAUUCUAUCAAGCCUAUUAUUUUACGACGUCGUUUAAUCAAAAGUAGCAUGCAAUCAGAAAUUAAUGUCCAAUAUAAUUUGGCUCCUCCUCCACAAAAGAGCAUCAUGAUGACGUCGUCGCCUUUUGAAGGUACGUAUGAGGAACAAAAAGAAAAGUUUCAUGCAUUAUCAACGAGCAGCAGGCAUGAUGAGAGCCAAAACGGCUCAUCAUCGAGGGUGCCGGUGUAUGUGAUGCUGCCGCUUGACACGGUCACGCUGGGUGGCCAUUUGAAUAAGCCCAAGGCGAUGAACGCGAGUUUGAUGGCGUUGAAAGGCGCGGGGGUGGAAGGGAUAAUGGUGGAUGUGUGGUGGGGUUUGGUCGAGAAAGACGGACCGGGCAAGUAUAAUUGGGAAGGCUAUGUGGAGCUGGUGAAUAUGGUUCAGAGACAUGGAUUGAAGCUUCAAGCUGUCAUGUCUUUUCAUCAAUGUGGAGGCAACGUUGGUGACUCUUGCAGCAUCCCCUUACCACCGUGGGUCCUUGAAGAAAUCAGCCGGAACCCUGACCUUGUAUACACCGAUAAAUCCGGCCGCAGAAACCCCGAGUACAUUUCUUUAGGUUGCGACUCCCUGCCGGUGCUCCGCGGAAGAACACCUAUUCAAGUUUAUUCCGAUUUCAUGACAAGUUUCCAACAGAGAUUCAAAAACUACUUAGGGGAUGUUGUUGUGGAAAUACAAGUGGGAAUGGGGCCAUGUGGGGAACUAAGGUAUCCAUCUUAUCCAGAAAGUAACGGGACUUGGAGGUUUCCUGGAAUAGGCGAAUUCCAAUGUUAUGAUAAGUAUAUGAAAGCAUCAUUGGAAGCAGCCGCGGAUGCAAACGGAGAGAAAAACUGGGGUAAAAGUGGGCCUCACGAUUCCGGUCAGUACAACCAGUUCCCUGAGGACACCGGUUUUUUCAAAAGAGACGGCACAUGGGACACCGACUACGGCCGUUUCUUCAUGGAAUGGUAUUCCGGAAAACUCUUACAACACGGCGACAGAAUCCUAGGAUCCGCAGACAGCAUAUUCCGAGGAACCGGGGCUAAACUGUCCGGAAAAGUCGCCGGGAUUCAUUGGCAUUACAAGACCAGGUCUCAUGCUGCAGAGUUGACUGCAGGGUAUUAUAACACACGCCAUUCGGACGGGUACUUACCUAUCGCAAGAAUGUUGGCCAAACACGACGUCGUUUUGAACUUCACUUGUAUGGAAAUGAGAGACAACGAGCAGCCACGACACGCGGAUUGUUCGCCAGAAGGCCUAGUCCGACAAGUCAAGAUGGCGGUCAAAGAAGCCAGGGUAGAUUUGGCUGGAGAGAAUGCGUUGGAAAGAUAUGAUAGUGGGGCUUAUGGGCAGAUUUUGAAAACGAGUAAAUCCGAUUCAGGAAACGAGUUGUGCGCGUUCACGUAUUUGAGACUGAACAAGAGGUUAUUCGAGGCCGAGAAUUGGAGGGAGUUGGUGAAUUUUGUGAGAAGUAUGUCGUCGGAAGGAGGGAAGGCGAGAUUGCCUGCAAGUGAUUCGACUAGGACGGAUUUAUAUGUCCGGUUUGUUGAUCAUAAGUUGAAGAGGUUGAAAGACGAUAUGGAGAUUGUUUUGGUGUAGAUAUAUGAAAAUCAUAAUAAAAUUAUGGGCCGGGUUGAGUAUAUAAAGAAGUUUAAUUAUGACAGGAAAAAUAUUUAGCAUGCAGUAAUAUAAUUAAGAAAAUGAACAACAUUUUAAUGAUGUUUAAAGAAAGGUGGAUUAUUAUUUUUUAUUCAUCAUGUAUGUAUGUAACUAUGUAUGUAGGUACUACAAGUUAUACUACAGUAUAUUUUUUGUUAUGUAUAAAUGCAUGUCAUUUGUGUA